GGCGCGCGGACGAACGGUGACGAAGGCGGAAGCGGCUCAAGGGCUGGCGCGGAGGCGACCUCCGCUUCCCCACCUCAGCCGGAACCAGCGCUGCCAUGGAGCUGCAAGAUAGUGAACAAGAAAUGGCAGCUUCUCCUCCUACAGCCACAUCAGGGAAAUCAAAGCUGGACACAUUAACAAGAGAAGAUCUUAUCAAAUUUGCGAAAAAGCAAAUGGUGCUUUUACAGAAAGUGAAAUCCAGAUCUGCAGAAUUAGAAAAGGAAAUUGAGAAACUAAAAACAACAUCUGUGGCUGAAGGAACUGAUGAUAUUAUUCAGGCACUUACAGAGAAACUGAAUGUGGUUCUUUUGGAAAAAGCAGAAGCCCAGCAGCAGUGUGUAGCUCUGAAAAAAAACAAUGUGAAAAAGCAGCAAGAAGCAGAGGAUGCCCUUGCUCAGGAAGAAAUAUGGCAGAAGAAGUUUGCCCAAUUGAAUACCUCUCACCAGAAUGAAAUUGAAAGCCUUAAAAAUGAAGGAUUAAUUGCACAGUCCAAAUAUAACGAAACUAUAGCCACAUUGCAAAAGGAGCUGCAUACAGAACUGAAAAAACAAGAACAGCUCACAGAACAGCUUAACUUCCAUACUAAAGAGCAUGACGAAAUUAGAAGACUACAGGAAGGCCAGCAGACAAAGAUCACUUACGAAGAGGAGAUCUUGAAUCUAAAGAAACAGAUAGAAUUUUCCAAUGCAUCUAAAGAGGAGGAAAUUACCAAACUAAAAAAUACUAUUGAAAGUAAUUCUAGGCAGUAUCAAAACAGAAUUGAUGAGUUAGGUGAAGAGCUAGACAAACUGAAGACCUCUCACCAAGAUGAGCUAUCAGAGCUACUACAAAAACUUGAAGCCUCUGCUAAAGUAUGUGAGGAGGAACAAAUUAAAGUAGAUAAGCUAAAGCUGGACUUGAUAGAGCAAUACAAGGUAAAAGAGAAAGAGAUGCAGGUUGAAUUGCAGGCUUGUAAAGAGAAAUAUGAGCAGGAAUUGGAAUGCAUAAGGCAAACCUUGACUAAAGAUGAUGAAAAUCAAAAUGAGACUAGAAAUACUGAAACAGAACCAGAAAUGGUAGAAAAGACUGGGCAUAUAGAGAAAGCUUUCAAAGAACUGGAAUCUCAGCAUAGUAUAUUAAGAGAUGAAUUAACUUAUAUGAACAAUGUUAAAAUGAAACUGGAAUUGGAAGUACAACACAUAAAAGAUGAAUAUUUUCAUGAAAAGGAAGAUUUGGAAUUCAAAAUUAAUGAACUGCACCUUGUCAAAGAAGAGCAUUGUUGUGUAAUAGAAAAACUGAAAUCAGAGCUCCAGUCGGCAAAAGGACUAUACGAAAAACACAUAAAAGAGAAUAGCCUCAAAAUGGAGGGUUUAGUAGAAACACACCAAAAAGAAAUAUGUGAACUGAAUCAAGCUAUAACAUUGAGUGCAGAGAAAAAAACCCAGUCACUUAUUAUUAAAAUACAGCACCUUGAAGAACAAUGUCAGAGGCAUAUAGAGGAGAAAGAAGAAGCCAUUGCUAGUUAUGAGAACUUGCGAGAAACACUGGUAACUUUGCAGACUGAAUUGGGGGAAUCAGCUGGGAAGAUAAGCCGAGAAUUUGAAUGUAUGAAGCAACAGCAGGCUUCUGAUGUUGAUGAAUUACAGAAAAAGCUUCGAGCUGCUUUCAAUGAAAGGGAUGUCCUCCGAGAAGAGGUCAAUUCUCUCCAUCAACAGAUAGAACAGUUCUCCUCCCAAAAAGAGGAGGUAGAAGAGCUCAGGCAUAAAAUAGGGACACUUCAAGAAGAGAAUAAGCAACUGCUUUGUUGUCUUGAUCAAAAGGAGUCUGACCUAAAACAAAUGGAAGAGAAAGAAAAUGAACUUUCCUCACAGAAUAGUAGCUUCCGUGAUAAAAUGCAAGGUUCAGCUGAGAAAAUAGAAAACCUGCAGAAAAAAUGCAAAACACAACAAGAGACAGUAAUGGCGCUUCAGCAAGAAGUUGAAGCUCUCAGCAUAUGCAACCAUCAAUUAAAGCAACAGGCAGAAGAGUUGGGGGAGAGACUGGAAGAUGUUUCUGGAGAAAAAGAAACAAACCGGGAGAAGCUGAUCAAAUUUGAACAACAAAUGGAAGGCUUUGAACAAGAUAGAACAGGGCUGUUAUCUGAAAUAGAGGCUCUUAAAAGUGAGAACGACAAAUUGAAGGAAGAACAAGAUCAAGCAAGGCAGGAGCUAGACCGCUUGUCAUCUGAAAAAGGAGACUGGAAUCUAUCCAAAGAUAAAGCAGAGAGCUUAGAAGUGAAACUACAUAUGGCCUGUGAAGAAAAAAGCCAUUUGAUUAAAGUACUUGAGGAAGAAAAGGCCUUUAAAUCUCUUGUUGUUAGUCAACUGCAAAGUCUCCAUGAAAAGAUGGGCUCCAAAUACCCAGAUGAAAACAAAGAAGAAGAUAUUGUUGGCACAUUGCAGGCUGCAAAUGAAUUUUUGGCAGAAAUGAAGCAACAGGAACAAAGUCUGAUCUCUCAGAAAAAUGAAAAUGUUAAUCUGCGGCAGGAAUUGCAGAGUGUCCAGGAAGAAAAUGAAGCUCGUUGCACAGAGUUCAGAUCUCUAUUGGAGGAUUAUGAAAAAGAAAAAUGUCUCUUGAAGGAGGAAUUAGAAGGAGCUUUCUCAGAAAAAGAAGUACUUCAGCUUGACAUUCAAGAGUUGAAACAUACCAGUGAGAAAAUCAGGAAGGAGAACCAAGAUCUUCUAGUUCAUAUUGAAAAUAUUUCUGAAGAACAUGCAAAUCAAGAAAACAAAAUGAAAGAGCAGGAAGAAAAAUCAGAAAAUGAACAGAAAAAUCUAACCUUAAUUUUGGAGCAGAAGGAGACUGAACUGAAAAAUAUGCAAGCCGAACUUUCUUUGCUAAAGGAGUCUGUGGAGAAGACUUCUGCUGAUCGCGAUCAGCAAUUAUCAGAAACAGAGAAAAUAGUAAAUUUGGAACAACAACUGAAAGAGAAGGAAGAAAAAAUAAAUAAAAUUAAAGCUGUUGCUGUGAAAUUGAGGAAAGAAUUGGAUUCUAGCAGGAAAGAGGUACAGUCCCUUAGAGAAAAGCUGGAAUUAAUAAAAUCAGAAAAAGAGCAACUCUCGUCUUCAAUGGCAGACAUCAUUCAGGGAGCUGAGAGCUAUAAGAAUCUUUUAUUAGAAUAUGACAAGCAAGCAGAACAACUGGAUUUUCAAAAGACUCGAGCUCGUAAUUUUGAACGUCAGAUUGAUGACCUGACCAAACAGUUGGAGAAUUCAGUUCAGCAGCAAGAACAGUGGCGUUCUGCAAAUGAAGACCUCUUGACUCGUGUUGAGACUCUUCAGACUAACGUCAAGCUGUUAGAAACCCAACUGCUAGAAAUUCAGAAAGCCAAAGCAAAAGUUGAUAAGGAACUUGAAGCUGAAAAGCUUCUAAAAGAACAAAAAAUAAAGGACCAUGCUAACUCUGUCAGAGAAGCAGAAGAAUAUCAGACAUUACUACAGAAAGAAAAGAAACAUCUUCAGAAAGUUUUGGAAGAGCUAGAAUUGGCAAAGAAGGAUGCUCACCAAAGCACAUUGAUGGAUAUGGAAAUAGCUGAUUAUGAGCGUUUUGUAAAAGAACUUAAUCAAAACAUUACCGACAAAAGUAGCAGAAUUGAAGAUCUCGAGCAAGAAAUUAAAAUACAAAAUCAAAAGAAAGAAAUUCUACAGGAAGAAAUCAAAUCCUUACAGAACUCUGUACAGGAGUACGAGGAAAAGAAUGGCAAACUCGAGCAAUUAUUGGUAAAAACAAAAAAAGAGUUGGCAGACUCAAAACAAGCAGAAAAUGAACUUUUAAGACUUCAGGCAUCUUUCAAGGGAGAACUAGAAGCCAAUCAGCAACAAAUGGAAGAUUAUAAGAUUCAGCUGUCUGAACUAACUUCCGAAAAGCACAAAAUUCAGGAACAUCUGCGGACUUCACUAGAGCAGCAUCAGCGGGUUUUGAGUACUUAUCAGCAGAAAGUAGCUGCUCUCCAAGAAGAAUGUAAUGCAACAAAGGAAGAACAUUCUGCUGUAACCUCUGAAUUUGAAAACUACAAAGUCCGUGUUCAUAAUGUAUUAAAACAGAAGAAUAAAUCUUCACAAUCUGAAACUGAUGUGACCAAACAAGAAAGAGAACAUAUGGAAAAAGUAAUAGAACAGCUGAAGAUUAAAUUGCAAGAGACACAACAUAAUUUACAAACGAACGUAGUAGACCUUCAGACUUUGCAGUCUGAACAUGAUGCAUUGCUGGACAGGCACAAUAAGAUUCUUCAAGAGACUGUAGCAAAGGAAGCAGAACUCCGAGAAAAACUUUGCACAAUACAAUCUGAAAAUGUGGUAAUAAAGUCAGAACAUGCACAGACUGUAAGUCAGUUGACAGCCCAGAAUGAAGCUCUUCAGAAUAGUUUCCGGGAUCAAGUCAGACAUCUGCAAGAGGAGCACAGAAAGACAGUGGAAACAUUACAACAGCAGCUAUCUAAAGUUGAAACCCAGCUUUUUCAACUCCAAAGUGAACCAAGCACCAAAAAUUCUGCUCCUUCCACUCUACCAACCAAAAGUUUGCGAGAAAGAAGGAGCACUGACCUUCCUCUUCUUGAUGUGCAUGCUGUAACUAGAGAAGAAGGUGAAGGAAUGGAAACCACAGACACAGAGUCUGUGUCUUCUGCCAGUACCUAUGUACCAUCCUUAGAACAGCUUCUCAAUACGCCGGAAAUGAAAUUUGAACCUCCACAAUGGGAAGCAGAACUCACAAAACAAGAGUUGGUCCAGAAGUUAAGUACAACAUCAAAGAGUGCUGAUCACUUAAGUGGAUUGCUUCGUGAGUCAGAAGCAACCAAUGUCAUCCUAAUGGAACAAAUUAAGCUUCUUAAAAGUGAAAUAAGGCGAUUAGAAAGAAACCAGGAACGAGAGAAAUCUGUUGCUAAUCUGGAAUAUUUGAAGAAUGUUCUAUUGCAGUUUAUAUUUCUAAAAUCAGGCAGUGAAAGACAGAGACUUCUUCCAGUAAUAGACACCAUGUUGCAACUAAGCCCAGAAGAAAAAGGAAAACUUGUAGCAAUUGCUCAAGGUGAUGAAGAGACCCUGUCCCAAGCCUCUGGAUGGGCAUCAUACUUACACAGCUGGUCCGGACUCCGAUGAGUUUUCACUGUUCGGGCAUUCAAAAUCAGCAGCUGCACUGAGAAGAAUUUCAACCAUAAAGACUGAAGCAUAUAGCCGGGUAACUCUUGUUUGGGGUUUUCCCACAACUGCCUCAGUUGUUGUUGGUUUUUUGUUGUUUCUUUUUAAGAAAUAAUAAUAUUCUAAAUGAGACUUGUUGAAGGACUUGGAGUAAUGUCUUGUAGUCUCAGUUUCUGACUCCCUUUUUAGGGUAACUAUGGAGGUUUUCAGUGAACUUUCCUCCUUGGAAGAGCUAUCCUUUUCAUUGACUGGUGAGACAAUUUUGCAGAACAUACUUUGUGUGACUGUGUCAUUCAUCAAAAUGAAUCUGUAAGCUUUCACAGAGCAAAAUUCUGUAUGUUUGCAGACCCCCCCCUGGGUUGGAAUUUCUGAUAGUAGCAGGCUUCCACAAUCUGCUGUCCUCCAGUAGUAGAUUCAGUACAACUUCUAAAACUUUCAGCCUUGGAAUUUUAUAUGUUGCAGUUCAAAACAUUAAGAGGUUAUUAACUUUGGCUGAACUACCACUUGCAUUCCUUCUUUUUAUCUGUCUAGGAGAAGAAGUAUGAUUCAGUUUGGUGAUCUGUAGUAAGCCUGUCAUUGACAGAAAAUGCUGACUACAGACUUCCUAUGCUGUUCCAAGCUUUAUUUCUUUAGUACCCCAAACUAAAAAAAAAAAGAAAUAGAAGAUUUUGCUGAGCUUUAAAAUGCUUAUUCUUCUGGAACUGAAAGCCAAAUGCAAAAAUAAAGUGAAUAUCUUCUGCACAUUCACUUUUCUUUAACAAUAAGAAAUUCCCCCAAAUAUUUAAUGAUUCUUUAUAGACUAAUAAUCUUGAGACACUGCUUUGACAGAUUAUUGCAUUUUCCAUUCAAUUGCUACUUGAAAAAGACUAAGAGCAAACUUUUAAAAAUCAAAUUGAAAACGAAUUGCAUCAUUUAAAAAAUCAGUUGGAAACUGCAUUCUACUGUCAUUCAAAGGAAACAUUGAUACAUUACUUAGGUUAGUAGUAUCUAAAGAUUAAAAAAUGAUAUUUUGCUAUGAACGAUGAAUCCAAAAUAUAAUUGCUUGGUAUUAUCUAAGUUGAAUGUUAGCCAAAGAAAAAAUAUUGAAAUGUAGUUUUUAUAGGUUUGUCAAGAUACCAUUUUGUCACAUCCAGAUUAACCUUUGUGACUCUUGUUUUUUAUCUGCAUUCUACUUCAGAAUUGGAUCUCUGUGUGUAAUGUGUACAAAAAAGAUGCUGACAUGCAUAGAAGCUUGAAUUUAGAGCUCACAAAAUUUAAGAUCCAUUAAUAAUUUAAAAUCCAUUUAUUUGAAUAAAUGUGAUUGAAGCUGUUUGGGGUGGAGGCAACUUAUUGUUUACAGAAUACCUGGUGUCCAGCUGUAUGUGCUGUCAAAUAGGUUACUGCUAGAGUUCAGCACAAGACCAAGAUGGAUUAAGAAACAAUUAUCUUGUUGUCUAUAGGGAAGAAGCUGCUGAUGUUAUUGUGCCCUGUGUUGUCUGUGAAUGAAAUCUGAAGUUUUGGAGAUAACUGUUCUUGAGAGAAAUGAUUUAGUUCCUAUUCACCACCUUUCUCCAAUGAAUAUCCUGUAUCUGAAAAUAGUGUAAUUAUUAUAUGGAAGAAGAAAUAUUUAGUUAUUAAGAGAUGACAUUUUAAUGGCAAGGCUAUUUCAGAAAUGCCUAUUCAACAAAAUAUGUUGGUCAUCAUCAAUUUUCAUAGACAUUCAGAUAUAAGAGUCAGGAGAAAACAUAAUUCGUCAGUGAAGUAUAACAUGAGAAUACAGCCCUUAGCUCUUCUGUCUAGUUCAACACAUUUCUACCAUAUGUUAUAGAGGCUGUCCAGUUCCACCAUUCUGAAAAUGUUUGGAAAGUGAGCUUAAUUUAA